CGGUAAACUUUACGAGCCAGCGGGUCACACUGGACCAAUUAAAAGUGGGGGAAAGAUAUCAAUCUACACGGGUGAAAAUGUCCACGACGCGCCAGCACAGCUCCGCGGCGCCGAACCAGAGCCACCUUUCCGCGGAAACCUACGGCGCGACGGACCCCUCCGGGAGACAGACGCGCCUCGUGCUUUUCGGUCUGUGCCUGGCCAUAGCCGCCGUCACUUUGGUCGGAGGUGUGUACUCGCUGCUCUCCCGCCUCCGGAUGAGGAAGAAGACCUCCCUGUGUGUGAUCGUGGCUUCCAUGUCGGUGGACGACCUGCUCAGCGUGGUGCCCCUCUGCCUCUUCAUGCUCCUGCAGUGGGAGACCGACGGGGGCGAAGGGUCGGGCAGCCUGUGCACUUUGUCCGGACUUCUCUACGUUUUCCAAGGCGUUUCCAGCAAUAUGAAGGCUUGUCUCAUCGCAGCCUACACUUUUUAUGUCACCAAGAGGUUCGGGGUGCUCCGGUCCGCGCGCCGGCCGCUCGGGGUGAUGUGGGCCGUGGCGGGCGUGUGGGCGGUCAGCCUGGCCGUCAGCGUGCUGCCUCUGUGCGGAUGGGGCAGCUUCGCCCCGGUGUCUCUGGGCUGUUUCCCGGAGAGCGACAGUUUUUACACCCUCCUGCUCUUCUCCUUGUACUCGCUGUGCUUCUGCGGCUUGCUGUUCUUCUUCGUCCCGCUCACCUACCAGCUGCUGUGCUCCACGGAGCCCCAGAGGACCCUGCUGUGCCCCGGGUACAUGGACAUGGCGCGGGGGCUGAGCGGCUCCGCCGGCCUCUGCGAUCUCCAGUCCUUCUCGGACAGCCUAAACAAAAGUUUCGGUGCGUACAACGAGCUGAGCCCCAGUUCGUGCGGGACGGAGCUCCGGGAGAGGGAGGACGGCGGUCUGUCCCCGGGGUCAGCCCGGGGGAAGAGGGCGGCUGCUGUCGGGGACACUCCGGUGGGGUUUGCGCAGAAGCGCUUCUCCAUGAUCUUGGCUGUUGUCAGAGUUAUUCUGUGGAUGCCAAUGAUGACUUCGGUGUUGGUGCGCCAUGCGGUGAACGCACGCAGCUCUUCCCUGGAGACCCUGAGCUUCUUUCUCACUCUGCUUGCCCCUGUGGUCACUCCGCUAUUCGUGCUGUCGGAGCGCUGGAUCCACAUGCCGUGUGGCUGCUUCAUUAACUGCAAACAGGAUCCACCACAGGAGCCCUCAGCGAUGAAAAGAAGAUUUGAGUUCAACCUUUCCCUCCAACAAGGCUAUGGGGUGUACAAGUUGUCACAUGCCACCAUGUCUCACAGCAGCUCUACUAAUGAGAAGUCUGCUUAUCACAGCCUUUUUAACUGUGACUUCCCAAAUGCACGCCUUGAUGCACUGGAAAGCGGUGGCCUCUCAAGCCUUGGGCCCAAUUUCGAUUUCAGCACCACAUGUGCGGUGGACAGCUCCUCUCAUGCAGACCUUCUUUUGGAAGCGGUGGCAGGUGGCGGCGAAGCGCUGGCUGAGUGCCCUCCACUUCCCCACGAGAUCGCCAGAGAUGAUGAGGAUUUCCGCUGCGUCCCCUCGCUGCCCCACCACCGGGAACAGGAUCACAAUCUUAUUGACACAUCGUCUGUGUUCGAGGGAGCGGAGAGGAGGCUGUCGCAUGAGGAGUGUCGGAAAAUUGAGCUGACAGACUGGGAAUGGUGCAGGAGUAAAUCGGAGAGAACACCCAGACAGAGGUCGUCGGGCGGCCUGUCAAUCCCUCUGUGUGCCUUUCAAGGCACGGUGUCUCUGCAAGCUCCCACAGGGAAGACGCUGUCUCUCUCCACCUAUGAGGUUAGCAGUGACGGGCUCAAAAUAUCCCCAAACAACGCCAAGAAGGUUGAAGUAUAUCGCUCCAAGUCGGUUGGCCAUGAGCCUAGUGCAGACGAUCCAGCAUCAGGCGGCCAAGCCGGAGACGUGAAUGUCAGCCGCGUAGGGAUGGGGAUGGAGAUUGGCAUGGGCAUGGGGAUGGGGAUUGGAGGCGGCGUCGGGGAUACCAAUGUCAAGAUCCACCUGGAGGUUCUGGAGAUCUGCGACAACGAGGAGGCAAUGGACAGUGUCUCCAUCAUCUCCAACAUCAGCCAGUCCUCCACCCACGCCCGCUCGCCGUCGCUGCGCUACUCCAGAAGGGAGAACCGUUUUGUCUCCUGCGACCUGGGCGAGACGGCCUCCUACUCUCUGCUCAUUCCCAACAGUGGCAACACAGAGGUAGAGACCAUCAAUAUCACGAUACCGGACACUGUGGAAGCCCACCGGCAGAACAGCCGGCGACAGACGCAGGAGAGCUCGGGGUAUCAGGAGGAGAUCCAGCUACUCAAUGAAGCCUACAGAAAGCAAGCUGGGGAGAGAGACGAGUGA